UAAGAAAAUCCUUGCAGUAAAUAUGAUUUAACUAUAUUAAAAGAAAAAAGUAAUUAGCUCGUCUUGAAAUCGAAAUCGAGUUUUAAUACAAAUUUUGAAUUUGCCUUUCAUUAAACCAUCAGUGAAAUGAAAAAAACAUCUUAAGUCUUAAUCUUGACUUUUCAACUUAAGAGGUUUUGUUUCGAGAGCACAGAAAUAAUUUUUAUUUGUUUCGCGCAAUUGUUUACAAAAAAAAAUAAAAAAUGUUAGUCUAGAAAUCUGAAUUUAUUUUUGUUAUUAAUUUUCAUGUUUUUGUGCUUUUAAAUUGCAUUUUUAUAAAUAAUAAAAAUAAUAAAUGAAAAAUUACUCAAUAUUUCUUAAAUUGAAUUAAUUGAGAAUGGAAGACUCCGAUUAUUUUUUAGCAUUGAAAUUGCAAGAAGAAUAUGACAAAGAACUAAAUAAUAUUCAACCAACUGAAAUAGAAUCUGAUAAGGAUCCUCCUUUUAAAAUAAGCUCUAAAAAGCAAGCACCAAAACGUAAAAUAUCUGAAGAAUUUGAUCUAAAUAGUACACAAAACUUAGUCCAUCCGGAAUGGGAAACAUUAGAUCCAACACCAGAUAUUCAUGCAAUGUUCUUAACGUUUGAUAACAAAUUCUUUCAAGGGAGAUUAAAAUGUGUUACUUUAGAAUGGAGCAAAAAGAUGUAUUCGUGUGCUGGAAUUUGUUACUCAAGGCGUAAUUCUAUGGGAAUGGCCAUAACAAUUAGAUUAAGUGAACCUCUUUUAAAACUUAGACCGAGAAAAAAUUUAAUUGAAACAUUAUUACAUGAAAUGAUACACGCUUAUUGUUUUGUUCUUGGAAUACGGGAAGGUAAUGGAGGACAUGGUCCCAACUUUAAAAAAAUUAUGUAUGGAAUCAAUAAAGUGGCUGGAACUAAUAUUACAGUAUAUCAUACAUUUCAUGAUGAAGUUGAUUUAUAUAAAGUACACUGGUGGCGAUGUAAUGGAAUAUGCCAACAUCGGAAACCUUUUUUUGGAUAUGUGAAACGUAGUAGCAAUCGGGCUCCCGGUCCUAAUGAUUUUUGGUGGAAAGCUCAUAUGGAAUCAUGUGGUGGUGGUUUUUUAAAAAUUAAGGGUCCCGACCCAGUGAAAAGAAAUAAAAAGUUUAAAGAUGAAGUAAAAGGAAAAGAUAUCAGAAAUUAUUUUGGGAAUGUAAAUUCUUCUACAAAUUUAUCGAAUGGUUUUAAGACUACGUUUAAAGGGCCUGUAAAAGCGAAUGGUGGUGGAACCCUUCUUAUAAAUCCAAGAACAAAAACUUUUACUUCAACUAAAAAUAUUGAAGAUAAAAACAGUAAUUCUUCUAAAGUAACCGGAGGUAGCUUAAAGAAUGUUAUCGGGUUAAAAGAUCUUAGUGACGAGCCCUCUAAAGUUGUAAAAAAGAAAUCAACCCCUAGUAAUCAGUUUGCUGGUACUAGCCAAGGAUAUUGUUUAAAUAGUUCAUCAAUUUCAAAAGAACCAAAUAAAAUCCCAAGUGAUUUUGUCGAUCGUGAUAAAAUUCGUCAAAUUUGGUCACAAAAAUUUUCUUCGCCAAUGGAAAAGGAAAUGACUAAGCCAUGUGAAAAAAAAGAAAUUGAAUCAAAUAGUGAACCAGUUACGGAAAUACCUAUCGAAGAAAGACGUUCAUCUGCAGAAUGGGAAGUCUUAAGUGAUGAUAUAUUAAUCAGAAGUAUAAAACCAGAAAUAAUUAGUCUAAGUGAUGAUGAAGAAAACGAAGUUGAUGAAAUUCAUGAAUCAGAAAGGCGUAUACCCGCUUCGGAGUCGAAAACUGUCCUUACCCAAGAACAACGGCAAAUUCAAAUUAAAAAAGAAAUUUUGGAUAAUUCAGAUUUAUCGGAUGAUGAUAUUGAAUUAAUAGACGACGAUUAUGAUGAUUCACUAACAAACGUAGUUGAUUUAACAGAUACCUCCUUAAUUGAUGAUUUCUUUGGAGAUGAUGUUCUCUUAAAAGACUUUAAAAUAGAAAACUCACUAGUUCCAUGUGGAUCACGCUCUUUGCCAGACCCCAACAAAGAUAUUGUCACUUGUCCUAUAUGUCAAAGUAAGAUAACAAGAGAACAUUUUGAGAAUCAUUUGGAUGGUUGUAUAGGAAUUAGUAUUAAAAUAGAACCAAAAUCUUAUGGUGGUAGAGUAGUUCCUGGAUCUCGAAUAAUUCACCCAUCGGUAAAGAAAAAAGAAAAGGUUACCGCUACACAAGAAGAAAUUUUACGCAAAGCGGGUUACUCCGAGCAAGAAAUUAGCAACAUUAAAAUAACACACAUUGAUACAAGUAUAUCCGACGAUCCAGAUUCCUAUGAUGAAAAUUUGACAGAAGGCCAACGACGGCGAAAGGGAUUGACCACAUCAACACAUCAAUGUCCAGUUUGUGGCAACGAAGUCGAUGUCAAUAAAAUAGAUAAUCACCUAAAACGUUGCGGUCAGGAUUUGUCACCUAGUGCAGUUAUACAAAUUUCUCCCACAAAGAAAAGAAAUUCAAUUCCAAAAACAAGCGAAGGGAAUUUGUUUCAAAUUUGUCCUGUUUGUAACAAGAAAGUAAGAGCGCAUACUAUGAAUGAGCAUUUAGACUUAUGUCUUGCCGAUUCUUUUGAUGAUUGAUUUUGUUUGAAAAAUUCGUAUAAAUUACAUAAAAAUUUCAUUUUUGAUUUUUAUUUACAUACAUACUUGUUUUGUUUUUUAUUUGUGUACCUCAAGUAUAUUACAAAUUAACUUUAGAAAUAUAUUACAAGUUUAAUCAAAU